AUGAUAUGUGUGGCCCGUUCCUCAUAUUCCCAUGCAGGAUCCUCUACCCGAGAAGACAGAUAUCAGUCACUGAGUACUGUCAGGAUGGCCACCAGGGAUCUGGCAGUGGGAGUGAUCAUCUUAAUACAGACUGUGGUUGGAAUCCUGGGGAACUUCUGUCUUCUUUACCAUUAUCUCCUCCUCCAUUUCACUGGGUGUAGGCCGAGGUCCACAGAUUUGAUUGUUAAAAAUCUGAUUGUAGCCAACAUUUUGGUCCUGUUUUCUCUUGGAAUAUAUGAGUCAAUGUCAUCUUUUGCGUGGUAUCAUAUCGUCAGUGAUUUUGGAUGCAAAUUUUUCCUCUAUGUUCGUGGGGUGGGUAGGGGAGUGUCCAUUGGCACCACCUGCCUCCUGAGUAUCUUCCAGGCCAUCACCAUCAGCCCUAGGAAUUCCAGGUGGGCAGCACUUAAAGGGAAAGCUCCCAAGUGCAUUGUCCCUUCAAUUGUAUUGUGCUGGGUCAUACAGAUACUAGUAAAUAUCAUGUAUCCUUUGUUUAUGACUAUCACUUUGAAGAACAAAAACAUCACAAAUAGGAAAAGUUUUGGGCACUGUUCAAGUUUUCGUCAUGAGAAAAAUAAUGACCUAUUGUAUGUAGCAUUGUUGUCAUUCCCUGAUGUGGUAUACUUGGGGCUUAUGCUCUCGGCCAGCAGCUCCAUGGUCUUUUACCUGUACAGGCACAAGCAGAGGGUCCAAAACAUUCUUAGGAUGAACAUCUCCUCAUCGUCACCUGAGUCUACAGCCACCAAAACCAUCCUUCUCCUGGUGAGCACCUUUGUCUACUUUAACACUCUCUCCUCUAUAUUUCGUAUUAUUUUGGGUAUUUUUGAUUAUCUCAGCUGGUACAUUCUGAACGCCAGUUUGAUAAUCACUCUGUGUUUCCCAAUCCUCAGCCCCUUUCUGCUCUUGAGCCGCGACCCCAGGAUAUCCGUGGUCUGCUUUGCAUGGAUAAGGAAUGUAAAAUCCCCUCAUGUUAUGAGAAAUAUGUAA